AUGGAAUACUUAGAGCGAGAACUGAUGAGGUUAUCAAUUAUGUUGCUGUUAGUUUUGGUGAAUGUGUGUCAUGGGUGUCGGGAGCAAGAGAGGAUUGCUCUUUUGCAGCUCAAAGAUUCUAUCAACCACCCAAAUGGCUCUUCCUUGCCGUCAUGGGAGGACUGGGACGGUGAAGAACCAACUGAUUGCUGUGAAUGGGAGGGCGUUGAGUGCAAUGCCACCACGCGUCGCAUCAUCAAACUUUCACUUAAUUCUACAAGGGAAUAUGAGUUAGGAGAUUGGUAUUUAAACACCUCAAUGUUUCUUCCCUUUGAAUCACUCGUUAACCUAGACUUAACAAAUAAUGUUUUACUGGGAUGUAUUGAGAAUGAAGGUUUUGAAAAACUGUCAAGGUUGAGCAAUCUACAUAUCCUUGACCUGAGUGAGAAUUACUUCAAUAACAGAAUCUUGUCAUCUCUAAAUGGGCUUUCAUCCCUCAAGACUCUAAGACUAUAUGAUAAUAAUUUGACUGGGCAAGUUUAUAUUGAAGAUUUUGAUAGUUUGAACAACUUGAAGGAGCUGAAUAUAAGUUGGAACAGGCUUGAGAGUAUUGUAAGCAGAGAAGGUUUUGAAAAACUAUCAGGGUUGAGUAAUCUACAGAUUCUUGAUCUGAGUAGUAAUUCCCACAAUAACAGCAUUCUGUCCUCUCUAAGUGGACUUUCAUCCCUCAAUACUUUAAAACUACAACAAAACAACUUGAUUGGGCAACUUUAUAUUCAAGACUUUAAUGAUUUGAACAACUUGAAGGAGCUGGACAUAAGUCGGAAUGAUCUUGCUAGUAUUAUAACCAGAGAAGAUUUCUUCCAUGCAUCUUCUCUAAUCACAUCUUUAAAGCUCUCCGGUUCAACAACUCAAAAUUUUCAACUUGCAUACACAUCACUAAGGCUUCUCAUUCUUCUUAGAGUUGAACUUGGAGAUGAAGAAUUUAAGCUUGAUGGAGAAAUUGAAGACAAUUCUUAUGGAGCUUCAUGUACAUCUUUGUCUUCAUUUUCUGAUUCUUCAUUGAAGAUGAUGACUUGA